CUCUGCGCCCAAGCCUAUGUCACCCUCGGAUUUCCUGGAUAAAUUAAUGGGGAGAACCUCUGGAUAUGAUGCCAGGAUCAGGCCCAAUUUUAAAGGUCCUCCAGUGAACGUGAGCUGCAACAUUUUCAUCAACAGCUUUGGUUCCAUUGCUGAAACAACCAUGGAUUAUAGGGUCAACAUCUUCCUGCGGCAGCAGUGGAACGACCCCCGGCUGGCGUACAAUGAAUACCCCGACGAUUCUCUGGACCUAGACCCAUCCAUGUUGGAUUCCAUCUGGAAACCUGACCUGUUCUUCGCCAAUGAGAAGGGGGCCCACUUCCAUGAGAUCACCACAGACAACAAACUGCUGAGGAUCUCCAGGAAUGGAAAUGUCCUCUACAGCAUCAGAAUCACUCUGACGCUGGCCUGCCCCAUGGACUUGAAGAAUUUCCCCAUGGAUGUCCAGACAUGUAUCAUGCAACUGGAAAGCUUUGGAUACACCAUGAAUGACCUCAUCUUUGAGUGGCAGGAGCAGGGAGCUGUGCAGGUGGCAGAUGGACUAACUCUCCCCCAGUUUAUCCUGAAGGAGGAGAAGGACUUGAGAUACUGCACCAAGCAUUACAACACAGGUAAAUUCACCUGCAUCGAGGCCCGUUUUCACCUGGAGCGACAGAUGGGCUACUACCUGAUCCAGAUGUACAUUCCCAGCCUGCUCAUCGUCAUCCUCUCCUGGAUUUCUUUCUGGAUAAACAUGGAUGCGGCACCAGCUCGUGUGGGCCUCGGCAUCACCACUGUGCUCACCAUGACCACCCAGAGCUCUGGCUCUCGAGCAUCCUUGCCUAAGGUAUCCUACGUGAAAGCUAUCGACAUCUGGAUGGCAGUGUGCCUGCUCUUCGUGUUCUCAGCCCUGCUUGAGUAUGCUGCUGUCAAUUUUGUGUCUCGGCAGCACAAAGAGCUGCUUCGAUUCAGGAGGAAGCGGAGACAUCAUAAGAAGGAAGAGGAUGAGGCCGGAGAGGGCCGCUUCAACUUCUCUGCCUAUGGGAUGGGCCCAGCCUGUCUGCAGGCCAAGGAUGGCAUCUCGGUCAAGGGUGCCAAUAACACCACCACCACCAACCCCCCUCCUGUGCCAUCUAAGUCCCCGGAGGAGAUGCGAAAACUCUUCAUCCAGAGGGCCAAGAAGAUCGACAAAAUAUCCCGCAUUGGCUUUCCCAUGGCCUUCCUCAUCUUCAACAUGUUCUACUGGAUCAUUUACAAGAUCGUCCGUAGGGAGGAUGUCCACAACCAGUGA